AACAGCUGGCAGACGGGCGGCUGUCCUAUCAAAUCGUUUAGUUUCAAAUACAAACCCAUUUAUCAAAAGAAUUGGAUUACAUUAUCAGACGAAGUCAUCUUUGAAAAGGACUUCUACUUUAUCCGUGAUUUAGUGCCCAAUAAAGAGUACAAACUUUUAGUGAGCGCUCAUUCAGACGCAGGUGUGACUGAAGCCGAGUACAGCUUCAAGACGUUAAACAUAUCGCUAAUGGUUCGGGUGGUGUCACCGCAGGCACCGGUCGAUGCCUCAGCUCAGGCCGAAUCGUUAUCGCUGUUCCGAAACAUAACAGUUCUCUUACCCGUCAUUAUCUCAAUCAUCGUAUUGUGUGUCAUAUUAGGCACACUCUUGGGUUGUAUGCGUCGACAGCACGUGAACCAAGUGGUGAAUGGCAUGAAUGGACUCAAUAGCAACAAUUGUAUCCAUAAGACAGAGUUAAGACAAUCGCAAGAGACGUUUCAAUUGAAUGACUUC